AUGGCUCUGUAUGCUGUUCUUUUUGCGUUUACAGCUACAGGUGCUCUUCCGCUCGGGCCCUCCAGAGGAAAUGUAACUUUCGAACACGAAUUGACUGUUCGCGCCGAUGCGUGUACACCAGCAUCGAGAACCGUACUCGGGAUCGUAUGGGGAUGUUUGACAACGAUUUUCGCUUGUACAUGGCUUGCGAUACACCCGAAUGUUCCCGGUCCUGAAGACUCUCGAUGGAAGAUAUUAUUGCGAAGAGCUAUGAUCAUGGCACUUGCGAUUGUCUUCCCGGAAUAUACAACCGUAUGGGCCAUACGUCAGUGGCAAGAGGCAAAACGUAUAUCUAGAGAGAUGUCUUUGAGAGAAGAGUUUCCAGAAUGGACAAUUACUCAUAGCUUCUUCCUCACCAUGGGCGGUUUCAUGCUUGUGGACGAAGCAGGAGAGCCUCGCGGACCCUUGCUCUACAACGACAUAUCGUACUUCAGGAAGUUCAGGGAUUUCAAAAUCCCCUCCAUAUCCGAAAGGGAGAUUCAGGAUCGCAGCAAAGGGGACGCCUUAUCAAAAGCCCUGAUUUUCCUUCACACCAGUUGGUUUUUGUUGCAAGUCCUCGCGCGUCCUAUCUCUGGUUUACCUGUCACAGAGCUCGAGCUUAUUACGGUUGCAAUUGCCUCCCUUAACAUCCUUGCAUAUGGAUUCUGGUUCAAAAAGCCUUUAAAUGUCGAGUGUCCCGUACAAGUGGUUUUACCUUCCUGGAUUCCUCGGAGUCGUCCCUCUCCCCCCGCCACGAUUCACUUUCAGUCAACCACUGUAGAUACGGAACACCCAUCCAUGGCUUUGGACAUCACAGAUGCCUUUGAAGAGGGUCCAUCACCAAGAGACAUUACUGCUUUCAAUCCUACAUUUGACUCGCAGGAGAAACUUCCUGGUCCAUCAGGAUCAGGCCCAACGGUUAGUAAUGCGGGGGUGGUUCGAUCUCAGAACUUUACCUUCUGUCCUGAUACCGGUCUCGAACUACCCUCUAUGGAUAUCACAGAUGGUUUUGAGGUGGAAUCACGUCCAUGUGCCCCAUCUGGAUCGACCACUUCUAUGAGAUUGAAUUCUCAAAUAUCUUUACCUUCGGUUCCCAACCCCCUUUCACGAGUUCAGCGGAUUACUGCUUUCACCCGUGACUUGACGUGGAGAGCCAACCCGUCAACGAAGCGGCAACUGCAGUUUUCACUUUCGUCUUUUACUACAUCGCUGAUUCAGUGGGUUCAGCACGUUGUUGCCUUCACGCGAAACUUGGCGAAGAGGGUCAUAACAAUGAUAAAGACUCAUCUGCGCCUAUCCCUUCUACAUGAGGCUAUUAUACGGGAAGCAUGGAGACCAGGUCACAAGCACCGGUAA